AUGUCUAAGUUACCUAAUCUCGUAUCCUCACGGAUCAAUGAGAUAAGAAGAAUUUAUGUGGAAGCAAAUAAUAGAAUUGUUGAUGAAAUGGACUCGAUGGUAGAUAAGUUUGUGAAAAGUAUUGGAAGUGUCCCGGAUAUUUCUACAGGCGUCAGUGCAUACCUAGAAGAGAGGAUUAGGUACAUUCGUGAAUUUGUUGUUGAUAGCAUAGGAUUCUCAAUAAGUGAGUUCAGAGCCUUGUACAAUCCUGAUGGAAACGAGAAUGCAAGAUCUAGAAGAUUUCCUAAGUUCAUAACCGAGGCAUUGGAAAGAAGUUUCGAGAUUGAUCAGUAUCCAUCUGAGACCGAGAAGUCAAGACUUGCAAAAAUAUGUAAACUCUCGACCAAGCAAAUAAAUAACUGGUUUACGAACAAAAGAAAUAGAAGUAAAAGCCAUGAAGGAGGCAGACAGUAUUAG